AUGAACUCCGUUUACCGCUCAACCGCUAUGAUUUUACUGGCCGGAGCCUCGUUAGUUACCCAAGUGGCCAUCAGCGUUGUUGCAAUAAACUGCGAUGCGAAUCACCCAACAGCCGUUUGCUUAUCGAGAUCCGAUUACGGUAACCCACAAGUCCCCAAAGUUCACGGCUGCGCUGACGCCGCUGCAAUAGGCGGGUUUAGUGUUAUCCGGUGCUGUAAAACAGAUAGGACACUGGAUGUGAACGGCCAACCCCAAACCGGUGGCGGUAUGGUCAACAUAGAUCGGAGCGAUGUAGUCCCCGUCUCGGGAAACAUCUUUAGCGUCUUUCAAGGCUGCACUUUUCAACGAUGA